AUGAAACAAAUCAACGAAACUUUUAAAGUGAGAGCAUUGUUCCCUUGCGAGCAUGUUAUAAGAUUUGAGUCACAAUACGAACAUGACUAUGUGUGGAGGCAAACAGCCAUGGGAUGUAUGGUGUUACAAAUUCUACAGGGCAUGUUUCAUUUCAAUGUAACAUAUCCGAAAGAAAAUUAUUUCAAUAUGACACAGGAAGCUAAGCGGGAAGCUAUAGGUCCCAGAGACAAUGACUCCGUGGACAUAUACGUGAAACCAAUGGAACUUCAAGCCCACAUGUUGGAUAACGCAUAUCCAAUACAGAAAUACGAGAUGGCCUUAGACAAGAACCUCAGUAUUGUUUGGAAUAAAGUGCAGCAACUCAAAAUAUUGGACGUAAAAAGUGCUUUGAAUGCCGUGAUUGAUACGAAAACUGCUCUAUUGUCUGACUACAUCACUCUUUAUCCGAUUUGGAAACGGUAUUUCCGCAGAGACGAAAUAUGUCAACUCGUCGAAAUCGAUCUCUACUCUAAUGUGAAGUAUUAUUUUUUUACAUCCAAGAAUUUUUCAUACAAAGAAGAGUUUAAGAUAGGGACUCUCCGUGCAAAAGAAGUCGGAUUGUUGGUUAGGUUAAUGGCCAUAGACAAGUAUAGACCGGCUGGAUGUAAGCAGUCCAACGCUCAAUACAACGUACAAUUUGAGCACACGCUGAUACCCAUUGCAUUACUUCUUGUCGCUUACAUGAUGACACUGUUGAUACUCCUUGGAGAAAUAAUAUGUCAUAGCAGAAAUCGACUGUGGCCUUACAUUGAAUAA